AUGCCUCUAGCAUCUACCCCAGAGUCGUCGGCCCCUCUCGCCGAUUUCUUUUGGAUCGCCGGGGUCGACGGCAAGGAGAUCGAAGACACCUUCUGGAAAUUGCGAGACGAGUACAAAGCGAACAGGGAAAGCGUCCCCGGCCCCGCUGUCUCAGAUACGAUCGAGGAGCAAGCCGAACCCGAAGACGAGAACGCCCCGUCAACCGAGUCUACGAAUCUGGAUGUGAAAAAUGCUAAGCGAAACUCCGUUCAACGGCUGUCCAAGCUGUCCAACGAGGCGCGCAUGUCGAUGCGCUCCGUUGAAUCCAAGGGCUCGGGCAGCAACCGAAGCAGUAUGACGAUCAAGGGGGCCUCGUCUCCUAAUCGAAACUCCGAUGCCAACGGAGAUUUCGACUUCGACAAGGCAUUGCUCAAAUUCGCCUCGGAGAGAGAGUCGUUCCUGUCCGAUUUGAGUCUCAGUGCAGGUGCGAUCACGCCCACACGGCCAAAACCGCGACCGCGGACACAGAAGAUCAUCCCGGAAGAGAAGCCCGCUCCUACGAACCCGCUGAAGUCGGGCAUUGGUAGCGUUCGCCGCCACAUGUCCUUCAGGGACAUGAACAGCAUGAAGAGGCAGCCCUCGAUUGCUCGCCAAGGUGAUACAGAUCGUGGAUCGACUAGUCGUGAUUCCAUGACUAACUCGCUAUCUCUUUCCGUCAAAACAGCUUCUGUGCGCACCUCUCGUCGUCUCAGCAACUACAAUUCCGUCAUUCCAGCUCCUCAACCGCUCGAGACCUCGCCCUCGAUGCAUCCAUUGAAACGGAGAUUCGAGCCAGUCCUGCUUGACAGAUACCCACAGAAAGGAAUGCCCGAUGAGAACAACCAGCGGGGCACCUUCCCCGAUUACGUACCCAUGUUUGCCUUCCCGAACGAUAUCAACAUCGUUUCCUCGGACCAGAAACCCCGUUCGACAUGGCAUGGGUUUAUCAUGACCACGGCGGAUGGUACUAAAUUACAUGGAGUCUGUCUGAUACUAUGGAUACCACUUGGCCAGAAGGCUGCGGAGGCCUUGGAGGAGUGCUGUGAAGAAUGGCGGAAGGACAACAUGACCGAUGAGGAACGAGAGCUGGCGGCCAGCCUUGGUUCAAGAUUGGCAGAGGAACGCGCGAAGCUGUCCAGCCUCCUGGCGAAGCUGCCCACGGUCCCAUCUGGCUCGGCAGAGAGAGAGAAAUUGGAGGACGAGAUCAGCGCAGUGGAAGAGAAGAUUGGGCUGAUGACAGACUUGCUGCGCCCAGUGCGGCAUGGGGCAGCAUCCAAGAUCGAAGGGCUUACGGAUGACACAGGCUUCUGGAUUCCCCGUGCGUACGGUAUCCUUGGCAAGGAUCCAUCAAUGACCAGCUUCUGGAAAGAAUGGCUGAAGGCCGUCGCCGUCCCGAGGACCAACGGAAGCGUGCAGAGAGUGCCUGUCAGUUCACCCUUCGUAGGAAUCUGGCUGCCAUUGGAACGAUACGUCGUGAAUCUCUGCACGGAAGCAUUCAGUCCGAUCUCUUCCAAGACGCAAGUUGAGCUGGCGGUCCGGGAGCUCCGUCUAUUUGCUCGGAAGGAAGCAGCUAAUGAACUUCCUGGUUCUCGAAACUAUGCCCUCGUGGAAUCUCGAAUCAUUUUCCUGUCGUCGCACACGUCGAUGCUUUAUUUGGCAACUCGAGCCCUGGUUGACCUUCUGUUCCCAUUCAAGUGGACAGGAGUAUUAAUUCCGGUCCUACCCGCACGUCUAAUCCAGGCUCUCGAAGCCCCCUGCCCUUACAUUGUGGGGAUUGAGCGACGAUAUGAAAAGGUUGAGCUGCCGUCGGAUGACUUUGUCUUAGUGGACCUUGAUUCAGAUCAGAUCGAAAGCACCGUGAGCCCGACACCAUUGCCGCGUCACCAACGCAGAAAGCUUCUCUCUAUCCUUCAGCUUGCCGCUCCGCAUCACAGCAAGUAUGGCGUGAAACCGGGGCCGCCAGCUUAUGCUGUUGAAACAUUCCCGUUCGAUUCUUUCCCCUCAGAGCAUCCGUCCAUCUAUAACUCGAAGGCACCGCCUACCCAUCUCGCUCGCUAUGUUAGCAUGAAUUCAAAUGCCUUUGGACAGGAUCAGGCCGCUAAUGCGUCGUCCCCUGCGCCAAUUUACAACGCCUUUUUGCAUGCUCGAACCGAACUGGCUCAUUCUAGGGGUCUGUCAAAGGGAAGUAACCGACCUAGCACAAGUUCAACAUCGAGAACGGGCUCCCCUCCGUCGCCGAGGGCCAGUUCCCCGAACUCGGGUCAUUUCCCUCCUCCCCUGCCUCCCACUCCUGUUUCUCGCAAUGACUCUGGUCUGGCUCUGCAGGCCUCUCUUCGCGAGAAGAGAUCCGGCCAUUUCGAUGGUUCCUCUCGCAGGAGCUCGUCGUUUGGAACGGAGCGAAGGGGGGUGCCUAGACGCCCGAGUGCACCUUUUCUAGGCCAUGCUUCUAACCUUUCCGUUACUACUCUCAAUACCGACUACGGUGGCACUUCCACCUACACGCCAUCCAUCUACGCUCAGUCAACCAUUGCCGCUUCGACUAUCGUUCCUCAGGCUACGACACAGCCCGUAUACAAUACUGAUAAUACAUGCUGGGUCGAGGGACAUUGCUUGCAGCUGCAAGCGUGGGAUGACAAAGCCGUGUGCUCGAUCUGUGACGAGAAAGCAGAGGAGGGGAUGUACAAGUGCACAGGAUGCAAGACUCUGGUGCACAGUCGAUGCGCGCCUCUAAUCUGCCUGGUGUGCCCUGCGGCGUUUCACCCCGAGCAGGUCCGAGCUGCCUUUGUGCGUUGCUUCGCUAGCUUGCUGUACACGUACAAAAAAUUCCUUCAACCGGCAAGCAAGGAGCAGAAGAAGGAGGGAAUGUAUUACAGUUUCAACAUGGAGGCUUUCCUCCGGAGUCUGCCCCACGAGCACGCAGAGUACAUGACGGUGCUGCAACAAACUCAGGGAUUCAAUGAAUUCAUCAGUGAACGCGAGAGAGCCAAGCCGACUGCGAAAGAUCCGAAAAUCGUGUUGUUUGAUGAGAUCAUCCUGUCAAAACGAAAUCGUGGUCGUUCUGCCAUCUUCUCCGGCCGGAUGACCACCGAUUUCUUAUCGGAUACUUCUGAGCAUCUCUGGCGGUCUGCGGCCGCAUCAACCUUCCCGCCGACCAGUCGGAGCCAACAGAAUCUGUCAGACGAUUACAAUGAAGUUAUUAAAAGAGUACCUGCCAAACUUGAUCCUGCCUUGAUGAAAGAGCCCCGCAUGAUUCAGGGAGUGCCUCGGAUAUCCAAGACUUCCAACAACGCUCGCAGGAAGCCGCUUCCCAAGCUUAUGAACGGUCUGGCAAUCUCGCCUCCUUCUUAA